AUGUCCGGAUUCCAGAACCUGGGUGCGAUAGCAGACGAUGCAGCAGCAGCAUCAACAACUCCAGCUCGUGGCAAAGAGAUGCGUGCAAACCUUCUGAACAAACUCCGCGCACCACCUCUCGUCCACGCCUGGGACUUCUGGCACGAUCGUCAAAACCGCACCACCAACACCACCACUUCUCCAUCAAUAACCACUCCACCAGCUGCUCCCCCCACAACCUCUCCCACAGACAAAUCACCAACAAACUACGAAGACAGACUUGUCCACCUAGCCUCAAUCUCCGACGUCCGCACCUUCUGGAACGUCUUUAACAACUUCGACGUCUCGGCCCUACCCNUCCGCGACUCCGUCCACCUCUUCCACAGAAACGUAAAGCCACUCUGGGAAGACCCCCGCAACGCCCACGGCGGCUGCUGGACCUUUCGCGUGCCAAAGGACCGCGCUCCAGCCUUCUGGGAACGCAUCUGCUUGCUCGCCGUGGGUGAGAAACUGCAGGCCGCGGUGGAGAGCGACAGACAGCAGUUCAGAGACGACAUUUGUGGUGUCAGUUUGAGUGUCAGGUUCACGAGUGUGUUGGUGCAGGUGUGGAAUAGGGAUGCUGGCCACGAGGACGGUAUCAAGAGGUUGUUGGAGACGGUCUUUGCAAACUUGGAGCCCGAAUUGAUGCCCAGAGAGAAUGGUUUCUAUUACAAGCCGCAUCACGAACAUGCAGCUUUCUCGGGUCGCAAUGCUGGUGCUCCACCUACAGCAUCGAAAUAG